AUGACGUCUUUCACUGAUCCGACGAUCAACACUGCGGCUAAAUCGUGCUGCGGUAAAUCUACACUUAUUGAUGAUAAAUUAUAUUUCUUGGACGGAAAAAAUUUCGGCAAUAAUUUCUUUUACCUUGAUGUGUCUAUUCCAUUUAAUACUCAAAAGAUAAUAUGGCAGUAUUUAAAAAACCUUAAUACAGUUCCUGCGCAUUCUGCUGCUACGUCUGUCAAGGGUGGUGCAAAUAAUAAAACCUUGUUUUUAUAUGGAGGAAUACCUAUUAAUAAUGCAACAAUGUCUUUAGUUUAUACAUUCAAUACUCAAAAAAAAUCAUGGAGUAUUCCAAAAAUAACUGGAGAUAAUACCGUUAGAAAAGAUAACUUAAAGGGCAUCGCUGAUAAUAAGGGGUUAAUGUAUUUGUUCGGUGGACAUUCUAAUACCGAAGGAACUUAUUUUAAUGAUAUGCUCAUUUUAGAUACAGUAAAUUUAAAUUGGAAAAUAGGAAAUUCCGUUAAUGCGCCGUCUCCAAGAAGCCUUUAUGGAGCAGCUUUAUUAUCAAAUCACUACAUAAUUUAUUUAGGAUUAAAUGGGCAGCAAAUAAUAAUUUUUGGAGGUUACGUUGAAUCACAAGAUUCACUUUAUGUCUUAGACCUAUUAAAUUUUGUUUGGUAUAUUCCAAAAAUUUCUGGGAAAAUUCCAAGUUCCAGACAUUGGCAUCAAGCAAAUGUUAUUAGAAAAUAUAUGAUAAAUGCCCAACAUACAAGACCAGCUGACUCACCUGAUAUUGUAUCGUAUCGUUAUGAUGAGAUAUAA